CUUUACAAUCAUUUCAAUACCAAGAGGAAGAGAAAAAAUGGCUAGGGCUUUGGUUGUCGUUGCUCUCAUUGCCACAACUAUUUCUCUAAGUUUGUCAUCUGUCCUCUGCUCCGAUGCAUCUGAACACUUCUUCGUGGAAGGCAAGGUCUAUUGUGAUACAUGCAGAGUCCAAUUCGUCACAAGGGUUAGCGAAUAUUUACCAGGUGCAAAGGUUCGCUUGGAAUGCAGGCAACGCAACGACAGCACCUUGACAUACUCAACGGAGGGCGAGACGGACAAGAAUGGCGUUUACACGCUACCUGUGGAUGGUGAUCAUGAGGAAGAGAUUUGUGAGGUGAAGGCUUUGAAGAGCCCCAGGGAAGAUUGCAAUGAACAUUUUGCGGAUUACGAUCAAAAAGCGAGAGUUGUGCUGACUGACAAAACCGGUGUGACGAACAUAGCUCGCUAUGCAAGCCCUCUUGGUUUCAUGAAGAAAGAAGCUCUACCAGUCUGCGCAGAAGUUCUUAAGGAGUUGUUCCCUCCUGAGGAAGAAGAUGCUUGAACAACAAAAGGAUAAUAUAUAUAUAUAUAUAUAUAUAUAUAGCAAAGCCGAUCUUUUUUCGGCCUUUGUAAUUAAAAAUAAUCUUCAUUUAUACUUGAAUCGGACUCGAACUUCUAUAUGUUGUUUUUCAAAAUAAGAUAUCUUUACAAAGAAAUCUGAUGCUAUAGUAUUUAUGGGUUAUUUUCUAUAUAUAUUAUACGAUUUUUAGUUUUUUUUUUU